AAAUCCAGUUUGUACUAGGAAACAAAUGGAGAAUAAUUCAACCUUGCCGAAAAAAUGGGGAUUCCGAGGGAACUCGGAGUUCAAGCCGGAGCCACAUACCACCAUUAGAGGUGCUCUCAAUUUGCUCGAAUCAAAACUCAAUCAAUCCGAUAACAGACCCGUCAUUCCUAUGGCUCAUAGCGAACCUUCUGCUUUUCCCUGCUUCAAUACUACCGAGAUUGCUGUGGAUGCCAUUGCCGAUGCUGUCCGUUCUGCUAAGUUCAACGGUCAUUCUCCGACCGUAGGUAUUCUCCCUGCGAGAAGGGCUGUAGCGGAGUACCUAUCUCAGGAUCUUCCAGAUAAGUUAUCACCUGAUGAUGUAUUCUUGACAAUGGGAUGCAAACAAGCUGGCCAAGGCAUACUACAAGUUCUUGCUGGUUCCAAAUCAAAUAUUUUACUCCCAAAACCAGGAUUUCCGUAUUAUGGUCUUUUUGCUCAAUUAUAUAAUCUAGAAGUCCGCUACUUUGACCUUCUACCAGAGAAAAACUGGGAAGUUGAUYUUGAUUCAGUGGUAGCCGUUGCAGAUGAAAAUACAGUUGCCAUGCUCAUCAUUAACCCCGGAAAUCCUUGUGCGAAUGUUUUCACAUACCAACACCUAAAGAAGGUUGCUGAGACUGCMAGGAAGCUUGGAAUAUUAGUGAUUUCUGAUGAAGUUUAUGGUCAUCUUACUUUUGGGGAGAACCCUUUUGUUCCAAUGGGAGUCUUUGCUUCGAUAACUCCUGUCAUUACCCUUGGUUCCAUAUCAAAGAGGUGGAUCGUUCCUGGUUGGCGGAUGGGAUGGCUUGUUACCCAUGAUCCUCAUGGCAUCCUUAAAGAACACGGGAUUAUUGAUGGCAUUAGGGGAUGGGGAUCACUUGAUGAAUCCACAAAGCCCCCAACAUUCAUUCAGGUUUCCAACUAA